CAAAAACAGCUCACCUCUCCUUUCCCCCUUUUAAAUUUUCGGCCCAAACCCUAAUCUCAUUCUCCUCCGCCACAAUCUUCUCCCUUCGACCUUCUCUGCAGCAUCUACGGAACUGCUCAAGCCUUAAACCCCAAAUUCAGUCGUGAGGCAAUAAAUGGCUGACGUGAAGGAGAACGACGCAUACGAAGAGGAGCUUCUGGACUACGAGGAAGAAGAUGAAAAAGCCCCCGACUCGGUCAACGCGAAGGUCAAUGGAGAGGCCGUAAAGAAGGGUUAUGUAGGAAUCCACAGUUCAGGAUUCAGAGACUUCCUCUUAAAGCCGGAACUUUUAAGGGCUAUUGUAGAUUCUGGAUUUGAACAUCCAUCAGAAGUUCAACACGAGUGCAUACCUCAAGCAAUUUUGGGAAUGGAUGUCAUUUGUCAAGCCAAGUCUGGUAUGGGGAAAACUGCUGUUUUUGUUCUUUCAACAUUGCAGCAGAUUGAACCCAUUGCAGGUCAAGUUGCUGCUCUUGUUCUGUGCCAUACAAGGGAAUUGGCUUAUCAGAUAUGUCAUGAAUUUGAGCGAUUCAGCACAUAUUUGUCAGAUAUCAAAGUUGCUGUUUUCUAUGGUGGUGUUAACAUCAAAAUCCACAAGGACCUUUUGAAGAAUGAAUGCCCUCACAUUGUAGUAGGAACUCCCGGAAGAAUCCUUGCCCUAGCAAGAGAGAAGGACCUUUCUUUAAGAAAUGUUAGACAUUUCAUUCUCGAUGAAUGUGACAAGAUGCUUGAGUCUCUUGAUAUGAGAAGAGAUGUGCAGGAGAUUUUCAAAAUGACACCUCAUGAUAAGCAAGUUAUGAUGUUCUCUGCUACACUCAGCAAGGAGAUUCGUCCUGUUUGCAAGAAGUUCAUGCAAGAUCCCAUGGAGAUUUAUGUGGAUGACGAGGCAAAGUUGACCCUUCAUGGUCUUGUGCAGCACUAUAUCAAAUUGAGUGAGCUGGAGAAAAACCGGAAGCUGAAUGAUCUGCUCGAUGCGCUGGACUUCAAUCAAGUUGUCAUUUUUGUCAAAAGUGUCAGUAGAGCUGCGGAGCUGAACAAGUUGCUUGUGGAGUGUAAUUUUCCAUCAAUUUGCAUACACUCUGGCAUGUCCCAGGAAGAAAGAUUGACUCGGUACAAAGGAUUCAAGGAGGGGCACAAGAGGAUUCUUGUAGCUACAGAUUUGGUUGGAAGAGGAAUUGACAUAGAAAGAGUGAACAUUGUGAUCAAUUAUGACAUGCCAGAUUCUGCGGACACUUACUUGCACAGAGUGGGUAGAGCUGGGAGGUUUGGCACUAAGGGGCUUGCCAUUACAUUUGUUUCUUCUGCCUCCGAUUCUGAUGUUCUUAAUCAGGUUCAGGAGAGAUUUGAAGUGGAUAUCAAAGAACUUCCGGAGCAAAUUGAUACAUCUACAUACAUGCCAUCCUAGAGCUGUUAGACAACUAUCUUUCUGUGUACAUGAAAAGCAGAAGGUGCUCCUGCCCGCCGAGCAUUGUGUACUUGAUCUUUCAUUGAAUGUCGGAUCAAUUAUGAAGAAGUCGAUCGAACCUGCUAAACAUGAAUUUGCUCUGUUUAUGUUGAUGGUUGGAGUACGAAGAGCAUAUGUUAGCUAUGAUGUAUUGUCUACUCUGAUUUCCGUUUGGCACUCGACUAUCUCUAUCCGGACCAAAAUUUGCCCAUGUAAUAUGUAGUAACGCCGGCUGAAUCAGUAUUUGCGUUCCA